CAGGCAGCAUCAAAGAGCCGCAACGCAGAUACUGUGAAGCUACUACUUAAUGCAGGAGCAGAUGCAACCCAGGAGGGCGGGGAGUAUGGCUCUGCAUUGCAGGCAGCAUCGUGGAGGGGCGAAGAAGAUAUUGUGAAGCUGCUACUUGAUACAGGAGCAGAUGUGAACCAGAAAGGCGGGAGGUAUGGCUCCGUAUUGCAGGCAGCAUCAUAUCGUGGCAACGCAAGUAUUGUGAAGCUACUACUU